ACCAAAACAAAAAAAUCGAAAACAAAAAACAAUAUUAGUCAAAAGAAAAACCACAAAAUCGAUGCCUGUGAACAUAUUUAUAAAAUACAAUAAAAGCACUUAUCCCAAAAAGAGAACGAGAAAGCCAAGGAGAGAGGAGAGAGAGCAAGAAAACACUGAGAGAAACACAUAUAUUUAAUUGCAUUAAAUAGCCAUAAGAGUAACUUAGUUGAAAGUCCAGUGAAAAUCCAUCAAAAUGCGCUUCACCUACAAUCAGUAUAAACAUUACGAGUCCGGUUAUCGGAUUCCAUCCAAAAUGCAUAAUCUGAGCCACCACAACAACAACAAUAACAAUUCGGGGGGUGGCAACAACAGCAAUAACAAUAAUAAUGGCCAUCAUUAUGCCCACCACAACAACAACAACAACAACAAUAAUGGAGGCAACAACAACACAAACUAUCAAGUGUAUCAGCAUCAUUACAAAAGCAACUUCGGCAUGAGGAUGACCAUGUCCACCAAUUCCACAAUGAGUUCGCGAAUACAUCGAAAGGGAUUUCGCAUACCAUCGAAAAGACAGCCGGGUAAGGGAUUGCCCGGCAAGCUCCACACCAUCACCAGGGCGGGUCCCGGGAAGAUAGUUCCUGGGAAGCGAAUACCACAGCGACCCCAUCCGCCGCCCUGCGACAAUUCCAAUGACAGCGGCCUCGGCUUCGAUCAGCACACGGAGCUGCGAUCCUCAGCGGGGGCGGGGGGCGUGGCCGAUCCGGUGGUCAACAGCAGCAGCGGCAGCAGCAACUCCGGCCAGCGGACCACGAGCGGUCUGCUGGUGAACAGUGCUCUGACCAACACAGUGGCUGCUGCAGCAGCCGCAGCAGCUGCUGCAGUGGCGAGCAACACGUUGCAGCAGCACCAGCAACACCAUCAGCAGCAGCAGCAACAGCAGCAGCAGCAGCAGCAGCAACAACAGCAACAGCAGCAACAUUCACCGCAGCAGCAUUUAAUACGAGCGAUACCUGUAUCAAGAUCGCGGCACGACAAGAAAAUGAUGGGCAGCCACUAUCUGGAGGAUCUGGAUCUGAUGUCGGCCUCCUCCUCGGAGGACUCGGCCGCCUCCACGCCGAUCAAUUUGGACGAGGACACGGGCUUCGUGAACGACAGCAAUUCGACGACUCCGAUCGGUGGCAAUAGCAAUUCGGCGGAUCCGUUUGGUGGCGUCUUCCAGGCAACCGAAGCGGCCGUUGCGGCAGCCGUAAAUGCAUUCAACCUGCAACAGCAGCAGCAACAGCAGCAACAGCAACAGCAGCAGCAGCAACAGCAGCAGGUGCAACAGCAACAUCAUGUGCAACAGCAGCAACAGUUCCAGUACAACGGAUUGCUGUUGCAGCAACAGCAGCAACAUCAUCAUCCGCAUCACAGCAACAACAACAACAACAACAAUCAUCAUCGGCAUGGGAAGCACAUCAAGCGGAAGAAACUGGAGUGCAACCAAGUGGAAUUGGACAACGAUGAUGCGUGCAGCGAGGAUGAGUUCAUCCGCAAGAUUGCCAGCUCGGUGGCUGUGGCAUCAUCAUCUCCAUCUGCUGGAUCCCCAGUGGAUGCCACGCCACCUCCUCCUGUUGCCGCCCCUGCAACUGCCACGCCCACUGCCAGCCUUCUACCACGAAUCAACAACAACAACAUUGAGACAAAAUUCAUUUCGGCCAGGAAUGUUACCCGCGUGGCCAACAAGCGCCAGCCGACGACUCCGCUGAACAGCAUUGCGAGCUCCAACGAUGGCCAGGUCCAGUUGGAGAUCGUUUCCCAGCCGGAGCAACAGCACCGGGCCCGCUACCAAACGGAAGGCAGUCGCGGAGCAGUCAAGGAUCGGAGUGGCAACGGAUUCCCCAUCGUUCGGCUCACCGGCUACGACAAGAACGCCGUGCUGCAGGUCUUCAUUGGCACGGACAUCGGCAGAGUGGCGCCGCACAUGUUCUACCAGGCGUGCAAGGUGGCUGGGAAGAAUUCCACACAGUGCAACGAGAAGAAGGUCGACGGCACCAUGGUCAUCGAGAUCGAUUUCAAGCCCGAAACGGACAUGACCAUCACCUGCGAUUGCGUUGGCAUCCUGAAGGAACGCAAUGUGGAUGUGGAGCACCGCUUUCCGGAGCAUCUGGCGCAGAAGAACAAAAAGAAGUCCACCCGCUGCCGCAUGGUGUUCCGCACCCAAUUGACCCGCGACGAUGGCACCACCGAGACCCUCCAAGUCUGCUCGAAUCCCAUCAUCUGCACUCAGCCACCUGGCGUGCCGGAGAUCUGCAAGAAGUCACUGAACUCGUGUCCCGUUGACGGCGGACUCGAGCUGUUCAUCAUCGGCAAGAACUUCCUGAAGGACACGCAUGUGGUGUUCCAGGAGACCUACGACAGCGUCAACGGCGACGAUCCCGCCACCGAGAUUGCGGUGCGCCAGCAGCUCAUCGGCGGCACCGCCGCCCUCUGGGAACAGAGCGUCCUGCCCGACAAGGAGUACCUCCAUCAGACCCAUCUGAUCUGCACCGUGCCGCCGUAUCUGCACCAGAGCAUCCUGAAGCCCGUCCCGGUGCAGGUGUCGAUUGUGUCGAGCGGCAAGAAGAGCGAGCCGCACACGUUCACCUACACGCCGAAGGGACAGUACACGACGCUGGCGGCGGCCAGCACGUUAAGUAACACAAUCCACGCCCAAGAUGUGAGCGGUUUCAUGGACACCACAACAGCGUCCAGUGCGAGUGGCUCGAGUGCCUGGACCUCGGCAGCGAAUGGCCAAUCGGUGACCGGCGACAAUGUGGAGGCGAAGCACGAGAUCGAUUCGGGCAUGAUGCCACCGCCGAUCACCACACAGAUACCGAUGGGCGUUCGCCGCUCCUCGCUGCCCAGUGUCACGCCCAUGAUCACCGACCAGCAGCUGGUCCAUCUCAAUGCGGUGGCCGCCAGUGCGGAGGCUCUGAAGACGGAACUCCUCGACGACAGCAAUUCGCACAGUCCCCUAACCGGCGAAUCGACGCCGGACAGCCCGAAUGCCGCCCUGCAGUACCAUCGCUUUGCGCGGAAGCCCAGUCUGGACACCAUCAUGUACGACCAGUCGAACAGUCUCCCCGGCUUCCCGGCCGUGGUGGCUCCCGCAACAGCGGCUGCCGUCGCCGCUGCCGUCGAUAUCGAUCCGGCUGCAGUGGCCGUUGCCGUCGAGCUGGCCGUCAAGAAUGAGAUUGUGAAGCAUGUGGUGCAGCAGCAUCAGCAGAUGCAGGAGCAAAUGCAGGAGCAGCAGCAGCAACAGCAGCAGCAGCAGCAGCAGCAGCAACAGCAACAGCAGCAACAAGUGCAAGUGCAGCAGCAACAGCAGGUGCACAAGUUCAUCGAUGAGCUGACCAAAUCCACCUCGGUGGUAACCAGCAAUGGAACGAGCGAGCCGGCUCUGUUCACCACCUCGGCGGUGAUCGAUCACGCUCUAACCGACAUCCUGCAGGCCAAGGUGGGCAUUGCACCGCCGAACGUGGUGCUCGAGCGGAGUUUGUCCCUGAGCUCCACGAACUCGAGCAGUUCGCUGAGCGGGAGCGAGCCAUCGCCGAACAGUUCACCCCUUACCCAGGAUAUCAUACUCAACUCGGAGCCGGCGGCCGCUUUGGCUGGAGCCGCUGCUCUGGGCGGACCGCCGCCGGUGGACGUGACCGGUGGCCUGUCCACCGACAUCAUCAUGAAUCCCGCCGUCUCACCCUCGACGAUUCUGUGCUCGGCCAAUGGCGCCGCCACCGCGGUGGUGCCCAACAUCCUGGCACCCCACCAGGUGACCAUGGCCAAUUCGAUCCUCAAUGAUAUUGCCAUGCAGCCGGAGCCCACUCAGCAGGAUGCGGCGGUGGCCGCUCUGGCGCUGAGCAACAUCAUGAUGAGUCCGCCGACGGCGGCAACGGGAGUUGUGGGCGUGGUCGAUGCACUGCCUCCGACUCCGGUGGCCAUGCAACCGGAGGUGGCAGCCACAGCCACUUCGACGGCGGUCAGCAACAUGAUCAUCAAGGCAGCGGCCGAUUUUAUAACCACGCAAGAGCAGGAGCAGCACCACUACCAUCAUCAUGGUCGCGUCCACUCGCAUUCACCGCAGGCGGCCGUCGGUGUGAGCGGCAAUCCCGCCGAGACGGCAGCCGAUCCGCUGGUGAACCUCCUGCUGAACCACUCGACCACACCGGAAACUGCGGCUGCAGCAGCUGCGGCCGUUGCCGUGGAAGCGGCCAACUUCCAGUCGCUGGGUCACAGCCAUCAUCCGCACCAUGGCCACCAUGGUCACGGUGGCCAUGGUCAUGGACAUGGACGCGUUGCGGGUCACGUGGCGAGCCACCAUCAUGGCCACCAUUUGCCGGUGGUGCCGCCGACACCACAAGAAUCUCUGAUCGUUGCGCUGGCCAGCGAGAAUGCGCUGCAGAAGUCGGUGGCCACCGCCGCGGUGACCACCAAUGGAGCGGUGAUGACGCAACAGGCCUCCGCUCCGAACACCGCCGGCAGCAUCCUCCCAGCGGCCGUGGGCGCGGUGGCAGCAGCGGCCGCCGUGGCGGUACAGCCGCCCAUUCCCCAGGAGCUGACCACGAUGUCCGACCAGGAUCUGAUCAGCUACAUCAAUCCGAGCACCUUCGAUCAGAUUUAAACGGCUUCAGAUCAACAAAUUAAACUACGUGGACUUGUUUUUUUUUUAAAUAACAAUAAAUGUCACUCCUAAACAGGCUUAGUCUUAAGUAUAAAUGUAGUAUAUAGAAAACACAAACACACACACACACACACUCGAUUUAGACGGAUUAAAGGUUUCAAUGUGGACCAACUUUUUGACCAAACGGAUUGACUAAAACCAGGAGAGCAAAAUGAAACCCACUAUAAAACACAAAACACACAUUAGUAGCUUUAACUUUGUUUACGUUUAGGAAUAAACCCUACUUUAAAUGAAUGCCUACAUUAAUUUUUUUUUUUUUUUUUUUUUUUUUUGCUAUUUUAAUAUUGAUUUUUGAAUAUAAUAAUCAACUUAUCUCAAAAGGUUAAAUUAAACGACUGCCAUAUACCUACGAAAUAAAAAUGAACUCCCGAAAGUGAAGAACUAAAACGGAAAAUUAAGAAUUCAAAUAUCAACCUUAAAAAUCAAAAAUUAAAGAAAGAACCAACUUUCAAUAAAAAAAAAAAAUGUUGAUUACACUUUUUGUUGGAAGAAACCCUAUUUUUCAUUAUGAAGUCUGAUUUGUAAACUUCCUUUUUAUUUGUUUGAGAAUUUAAGAUAUACUUUAUAUAAUAAAAGCCAAGCUGCACGUCUUGGCGUUAAAAGUUAAGCUAAAUUAAUUUUUGGGACAAACAACACAAAACAAAAAACACACAAAAAGAAAUUAUGAUUAUACAGUUAAUAAUUUAUAAACAAAAAGUACAUAUUAUGUGUAGCUACGAAUAUAAUGAAUAUGCGAGAAAUUCCAAAAGACUUUUUGAUUUAAAGAAAAUGCAAUUAUUAUUUUGUUUAUGGUUUAAUCAUUUUAUUUUAAAUUAUAUUGAAGGAACCCACAAAUAAAGAUGUAACUAAUGUUAUUACUAUUACUAUAAUUAUAUCGCUAUUAUUAUGCAUACCCUUAAUGUUGAUAGUUGUUAUGUGUAGCGUUGUAAGUCGAUAUCAGAUUUAUCCUAGCCCCUAGCCCUUUUAACCACUACGAAAUUAAGAACCUACAAAUCUGAAAAUAAGAAUGAACAAACCAACAACCAAACCGCUUUGAGGAAAAAACACGAUUUAGAAUAUUAUUGUACCGAUUAACGAUUAAAUGAACUUCAACACUUGUUACGACUACCCAAAAAAAAAAAAAAAAAAAAAAACAAGAUCGAGAGAACUCUGCAUUUGAAUGCCCAAUAACCAAACUACAAACUAUUUAUAAAAAUUUACAAAUAUUCCAACCACGAAUUUCGCCCACUCCCAAGAAUCGAACUAACUGAGAACCUAUAAAAUUAAAUGUUUUUUUUUUUUUGGUAUUAGCUUGAUACAUUUUAAACAAUUUGAUUGACAUACGUAAUCUAGAUGUUGAUAAAGUCGAUAAAUGUGUUAACCAAUCUCAGAGAUUGCAUAUUCCUCAUUAAAUUAAAUGUUACAGUCGAGUCAAUGAACGACAGAGAUAGCGAUACUAAGUGCAAGUGAGUAAGAGAGAGAGACAGAGAAACAGAAAGAAAGCGAGAGAGAGAGAGAGAAAGAAAGGGAUAGAAGAACCCGCGCUUAAGAAUUGUUAGUGUUAAAUGUUAUACACCUAUAUAUACAUUAUUUAUGCUAUAUAUACACACAUAUAUCUAACUUUACAAUGAAUAAAAUGAAUGUAUUUUUGAUGUUCUUAUUGCCCAAAGUGCAGAACCGAGAAACAACUGAAACUCCUGAAGAAAACAACUCCCAGAACUUUGUAACCGACCAUUCAAACGUAUCAAUUGACGAAAUUGCGAACCCCAAAUUCACACCAUCCCAAAUUGUCUAGGAAUGCCUAGAUAAUCCCUACAGAAACCAUAUUUAUCUGCUCGUUAUCUCUUUUUAUGUGAAUAAAAAAUGAAAUCUUUCAAAAAGAAA